AUGUACCCUCAUAUUGGUAAAAGAGCUGACAAAUGUUUGGCAUGUGACGAAAAAGGUGGAAGAUGUACAUGUGCAGCUUUGGAUCCAUCUGUAUUCCUGUUCGUUAAACAAUCGUGCAAUGUGGAUAGGUUUCAAUGCAAAUGCAAAAAUUGGCCAAUAUUAUCGCACAUUUGUUACGAUUUUUUUCUGCCAAAAAUGUGCUCAAGUCUUAUAAAGACGCACCAACAUAUAUAAAUCGAUCUAGGUAGUGCACAUAGUGGGGCCCAUGGAAUCCACAUGAUAUGGGUGCUUAAAUUUUAUUUGCUUUACUUCUUGCACUACUAUAAAUGUAAAAAAUGAUGUUAAAAUUGAGUUAUAAGUAGCUAAAAAGUUGAUGUAAAUCCACCUGCAUUAAUCAGUCUAACCAACUCAAAAAGGAAAAAUAACUCUUCAGCAAUCAAAUCUAGGUGACCAGUUUCCACGAAACUUAAUUCGUACCACACUCUCUUCAAUGCAUGAUGCCUGUCAUACUGUAACAAUCUUAAUAAUAGGAUAAAGAAGAGAAACACAAUAACAGUUUAGGUAAUUGUUGUAAAGCUUGAUAAAAUAGGAACAAUAAAUAUUGACGAAUGGUAUGUGACAUCUAACAAAUAUAAAACAUUUUCCAUGUUGAUAUACAGUUAUAUCAACAAGAGUGGAAAUUGGGAAAACGAGAAAUUGUGUGAAAUUCUGUUAUCGAUCAGACAUGGCACAAAUUGAAUGGUGUGAAAAAUUGAAAAUUGGAAAUAAGGAUAAAGUUGCAUGUUUUUCUUAUGUACAUUUACGCACAGAAAAGUUGAAAUCUCUUUAAAUGUUACUUAAAGACAGCACUUUUAGUUUUGAGUAUGAUUUAGAGUUUCUAGGUUGAGUUAAUCAGUAAUUGUAUAAAAUUUAGGAUGAUUUCAACUUUUCUGUGCAUGUACGUCCAUAUGAAAAACGCGUAACUGGAAUGCAGCCUUUAGGAUCCAGAAUCAUGACAUCCAUUUUUGCCAGAUCUGGUUGGAAACCUUGGUGAAAGGUGAGGCAGUUGGGAUAAAGUCCCAAUGCAAAGUGCUCACAUAGGAAAACGCUGUCCCGUGACAAUUAGCCUUUCUUAGUCAUGCCGCCAUUUUUGGGUGGCUUUUCAGCCGAACUAAUGAUGGUAAAUUCGCUUUUGUAAAUGGUUAGUUUAUUCUGAAAAAUUGCUUUUCACAUUGUUUUAAUUAUCAGCAUUGGUUAACAAGAAUUAGAUGCCACCCAACAAUGGCGGAAUUCUACAUCAUGAGAAGGCUAAUUGGGCCUAAAUUUAGGUAGGAAUAUUUUAGUUUUCAUUACGCAUUAUUGACCCAAUUCAAGAUGAAGACAUAAGGAAACAUGAAUGGUGAAAUAGCAAUAAUUAUUGAUUAGGAUUAUUAAUUGGAAGUAAGUAAGUGUUUGGCCAUUCAUAUAGCUGUCCAACAGCAAGACGGUCUUCUCCAUGUUUGUCCAAAUAGAAUGGUAUACCAUCUUUUAUACUCAAAGCUGAAAAGGCAACUUUGGAUGAAUUGCCCCUCAUUUGGCAAAAAUGUAGUUGUCUUCCAGGUAUAACAGUGGCAGUUCCAAAUAACUCUGCCUUUCCAUUCUGUUUUCCAACAACCAGAACGUUAUGGCCUAUUAUAAAAGGUUAACAAUUAUUUUUGAAAUUUGAAAACAGUAUUGCUUAAAAUAAAAAAAGUACAACUUUACCAGAAUAAGUGCUUAGCAUGAUUUGGAACGUAACCUUGAUUUGGUACAGCCAAUUUCAUAUAGCAUACAGGUUGUUAGUCUACUGGUGUUGUUGUUUGUUGUUCUUGUGGCUGAUGUCCUUGUUCCUGUCGCCUUUGGCAUUGUUGAUGCCGUUGCUGCUGCAGCUGUUCUAGACGCGGCUGUUGUUCUGGUGGUUCCUGUUGCUGGUUUAGCAGGGCUGUUGAUUGUUGUUGCUGCUGUUGUUGCAUCUGUGAUUGUUGUUGCAUCUGUGAUUGUUGUUGCUGUUGAUUGUGAAUAUGUUUUUGGUGUUGCUCUUGUUGUUGGAUCUGUUGUUGUUGUUGUUGUUGCUGUUGCAUCUGCCGUUCUUGUUGUACGUGUUGUUGCAUCUGUUGUUGUGGUUUUUGGUUUUGCAUCUAUGAUUGUUGUUGUUGUUGCAUCUGCUUUUGUUGCAUCUGUUGUUGGUGCUGCUCAUGUUGUUACUCUUAUUGUUGCAUCUGUUGUUCUUGCUGUUGCAUCUGCUGUUGUUGCACCUGUUGUUGUUGCAUCUGCUGUUCCUCUCUUCUCUCUUGCAUCUGUUGUUUUUGAUCUUCCUUUUUUUGUUCUUUUGCACUAA